GCAGGCAGAAAAACAGUCGCCUUGAAGACCAUCAACGCUUGCCAUGCUCGUGAGACAUCCUGUGAGCGCGCUAUCGAAGAACACAUCAAAAACCAAAAUGCAUCUCACUGUGGCUGCGUGAUCUUGCGGACCUGUUCUGAAAGUUUCAAUUUGCCCUUGACUUUCUCUAGUCAACUUUUGGGAUUGCUCAUACCGACCAGUGAGUCUAUGCAAUCUAAAGUCGACCCACUGACUGGUCGCACAGCGUACCGCUGCAACACUGAUUUGGGGCCUCUUGACUGGAGAGAGUUGAAGAACAUGGCACCUAAAAUAUCUGAUUAUGGGCUGUCAACAAUCGCCAACCAGGAUUAA